AUCACGCGUGAUAAAGUUUUCGUAGAUUGACAGAAGAUAAACGUACAAUAGUUAUAAUAAGUGAAACGAAACGGAAAAGGAAGUUAGUAAUGAAAAGUGAUAGAAAUCGCAUUCGUUUGCAACCACCUACAAUAUAUUGCAAAUAUAACACUUCAGGGAAGGACUACAGGAAUUUAAGCAAGUACAUAGAUGUGUUUGUGUCAUAACUAUGCAAUUCACUUAACCAGCCACGUGUUAUUAUAAUACGAAACCAAUUUUUUCUCAAAUAAGUAUUCUCAAUAUUAAAGAGUGCAAGUAAAUCCUCUGCAGAAUGUAAUUAAAUUCAAAGUGUAGAAAUAUUUUCACAUACAUAUACCGUAUAUGGUAAUUUUCGCAUAAAGGGAAUCGAAUUUCACACAAAAAGCACAAACAACAUUUUAAAUUUUCGUAAAAACUCGCAUAAGGAAAUUGUGCGCAUACACAGAAAAGUGGAUGCUAUAAAACAAGAGCACGACACGGUUUUUGCCAAUAAUAAGCUAAAAAAAAAAAUAAAAUACCAAAAAUAAUUUAAAAAUACAGCUCUCUGAGCGAAAACGACAACUGUGUAAACAUGUGAGAGUAAAGUGAAGUAUACGCCUCUAUUUUUUUAGUUCAAUAACAUAUCAAACUUUAGUACGAGAUGUUGCCGGAACUCCUAUUUACCGCUGCUGAUAGCAUGCAAGACGAGUUUGAUUUCUUGAAUGGCGCAAAUUCUAUUUACAAAAAGGGCAUGUGUAUUUCGCCAGCAGUGCCGUUGGAGCCUCAGCUGGAGUCCUCAAUUGAAAAUAAUGCUAACAAUUGUAUUGGAAAUGUAAGGCCUGUAAAUUUACCUAGUGUCAUCAGAAACGAAGAUUCAAGUCAUCCCAUAACAUGGAAACAGCAGUCAAUAAAUCUUCAAGAACACUCACGUCAACGGUUGCGAAGCGACCAACACCGUCACGAACAGCGGCAGCAACGUCGCUUAAAUUUAACCACUAGCAAAUUACUGUUACAAAACUCUGAUGAUCCGUUAAUAUGCCAUGGCGCCAAUAAUGUUGGUGCGGGUGAUGAUGAUAGUCACCUAAUUAUAUGCACAGCACCAAAUGAAGAAAAUACACAAACUGCGAACCUACUGCCUGCUUCAUCAACUAUAAUCAAGCAAAACCUUUCUUCAACGACAAGAUCUAAACCACUACUCAAAAAGUUGCCUCAAAAUGGUUGCAGCUUAUUAACCAAACAACAGCUUAAAGUUAAGGCUGGUUUAAUGAGCGUUCAGAAUCGUGCAGCUAAUGAUCUAGACAAACGCGGACAUAUAAGUACUGACGUCGCACAAACUAAUAAUAAAAAGAAUGACCUAAAAUCGUCCAAAAAAAAAGGUGUUUUAAAACUCCGUUUUCAUCACCAAGCUCUGCCGCCAGAGUACCUCAUUCACUAUGAAGCUACUCAGGGGCAGCUUACGCCUUUCGUUAAAGAAUCAAAUGCGAAGUCAUCCGAAAUUCGUUCUUCCAAAAAUCUUCACCCCUCCAAACUAUCCCCAUCUCAAAGUGGGCAAGAAAAUGUUCGCAGCUGGUUGCAAAAGAUUGCAGCAAUCCAACGAUCGGCUCAAGAGGAAGACAUAGAACCAGUUGAGAGAAUACAUGGUCAAAAGCCUACAAGAUUGGAGCUUCCUAAAACCGAAGUUUAUAACGAUCCAAACAAUAAUUAUAUGGUCAGAGGAAUGCACUCUUCAAAACCUGGAAUUUCCCAUGUAUCAGCUGUAAAAAAUGAGAUCCGACUUGAUUCUAAACACUCACAUAAUUCUGAAAAAGAUCAGUUUCAUUCUUUGAGUCUCAAAUGCGCAAUGAACAAAUUUUCUUCAAAUGCAACAACUCUUAACGCUAUCAACUCAGCAUCAGUAAAACGGGCCAUCAACUUUGCUGAUCUUCCGUACAUGGGUGAAAUAACGCUAGACAAUUCGAAACCACGACGUGGUAGGAAACCCAAAAAAGCUGAUAUUUGUCACUUAAUAUAUAAAAACUAUGGCACAAUAUUACCCGGUACUCCCAAUACGCCAUUAUGUACAUCAAAACUUGCAAAGGAAAAUGCGCAAAAGCAUGAUAUUACAGACGAAUUGCCUUUGAAUCUCUGUGUAAGAGAUCAGCAAUGCGAGUACUUGUCGAUUUCGAGCGGAGAAAGUGAAAAUGCCUGCGGAAUAGACGAUGUUGAAUGUAUAAAUGCGCACAAUCUGGGUGUAGAAAAUUUCUUAGAAACAAAAUUAACUAAUUUAAUGCCCAGUUCCGAUCUCAAAAGGUCAGUUAUUCUAAAAGUUGAAUCAAAUGUGGAUACAAAUAAUUCUACAGAUUUAACGCCCUCAUUUUCACAUCCAAAUGAAGCAAAACUUGAUUUACAUCCAUUAAGUCAAUACUACCAGAAAUUACUUUCAGGUACCUUAGUGAACAAAAGUAGUCAACCAUUUGGUCUACCUGUGGAGACUAUAGAAAAAGACAACCAACUUUCGCUAAAAAUACCAAUACCGAGCGGGUUGAUUCGUAUGUCAAAAACAGAGAAUAUGUCUCCGACUCUACGCUUAAACAACCAAAAUAUUGAUUAUCCGGAUCUUAUGUCAACGCCGUCUUCGAUUAAGUCGGAAAAUUCAGCAACAACAUCGGCGAGUACUGCGGUUGCUACGUCAAUAAAUUCUACUUAUCAGAUUUUCACUCCUCAGAAGCGCAAACGAUCCGCCAUAUUCAUUCCACCAAUUCCGACGGAAAUUACACCAAACACACCAACAGAAGUCAGCAUAUGCAAAUUCAAAUUCACUGGUGGUGACAAACCAUCGUUGGAGGAGAAGAAAAUGCUUUCUGUGGAUUCGAAUGGUAAUUAUCGAUAUUAUAGUGGUACUGGCGAUAAAUCAACCCGUGGUUUUGAAUAUUUCCCUCGUGAAAGUUUACAAAACUCUGCUGGUUUCUUACCAGGUGUUAAUUGUGUAAUAUCAUGGCCGACACCGGAAAAUGGAUGUUCAAUAAAUGAUAUACCACCACCAUCAGCUGAACUUAGUAAUGAAAUUUUACAAAUUCCUGAGUCUCCGACUGCAAACUUGUUAUCACCAGCAUCUGUAUCAUUAACAGAGGUUUCAAUGUCAUUGCCAACAUCAAGGUUAGAGUCUUUAUACACUGGUUCUGCAGCUCAAUCCACCCAAAAACAAUCACAGAAAAUUCAGAUAAUAGUAGGUUCAAACUACAGCAAUGAUAUAUCUAAACAAAAAAGAUCUUCCAUGAAAGAUAAUUCUGCAAAUUUAACGGUUAACCCGUUAACUUGCCACUCUCUACAUCCUAAAAAGAAGUCGCGAAGAUCAACACAGCGCGAAAAACUCGAGAAAGCAUUUAGAGAAAAAGGAUAUCUUAUUCAAACACAACAACUCGAAUCUGCUGAAGGAGCUACGUAUUGUAAAUUUCGACAAUUGAAGAAGUUCACCCGUUACUUGUUCAGAAAUUGGAAGGAUUAUCUUCCCGAAGAAGUACAUCAGUCAAAUGUAGUAGAGAAAGCAUUUUUAAGUCAUCAGCCUUUAACCAAGAAUGAAAUGACAAAAGAAGUAAAUAAAACAGACAGCUUUACAGAGCAGGACAUACAGAAUAUACUAGAACGUCAUGGAUUUUUAACUACUAGUGAAGUUUGCUCGCAAAAUAGCACUCUUAGUAGUACUACUAAUUUAACAGAGAAAAUUAUGCCCGAACAGAAAUUGGUGGAUAACAUUGCAGAGGCAUAAUUAAUUAAAUUAUAUAAUUUGAAGACAUUUAAUUUAUUUUCGUUACAAACAGUUUUAUUACGUAUUACUUAUAAUGCUUAAUAUUUGCAUAAAAUUUCUAACACUGCCAAAGAAUCAUUAGAAUUUAAGGAUACUUUAAGGAUACUUAGAUAUAUAUGUAUAUUUGCAUGUAUUAAACUAGUCAUUGCACAAAUUAUUAUUUCAUUGUGCAGUUUGAAACCACUUUGCUCAUAAAUAGAAAUUAUGCCUUUUAUGGGAUUAAGUUAAAUAGAUAAAUGUGACAAAACUAAUUGUGAAUUCCUAUUGUAGUUAAAAGUAAAACAAUCCAUUCGAUUUAUGCAAAAUGUAUACAUUUUGCUGUUUAUAUUUUCUUGUCAAAAAC